UCCAAACCGGUCUCGUGCAUUGCCUACUAUAUAUCGUACGUGAGGAUCGCUCAAGGGACCGAUGUAAGGUUUGCCUCUACCAAUCAGUUCACGGUGACGAUGGCCAAGACUAGUUCAUCGAGCUGCCUUAUGCUGGCAACGACAAUGGCGCUGGGCGUAGUCGUCCUGCUGGCGACGCCAUCGGAGUGCGCGCGCGCCUUCUUCGUGUUCGGCGACUCCCUGGUGGACAACGGCAACAACAACUACCUGAUGAGCACGGCGCGUGCCGACUCGCCGCCGUACGGGGUCGACUACCCCACGCACCAGGCCACCGGCCGCUUCUCCAACGGCCUCAACAUCCCGGACAUCAUCAGUGAGCAUCUCGGCGCGGAGCCCACGCUGCCGUACUUAUCCCCGGAGCUCCACGGCGAGAAGCUGCUCGUGGGCGCCAACUUCGCGUCGGCGGGCGUCGGCAUCCUCAACGACACGGGCAUCCAAUUUAUGGAGAUGGUGAGGAUGAGCAGGCAGCUGCACUACUUCCAUGAGUACCAAGGAAAGCUGCGUGCGGUGGUGGGCGCGUCCGAGGCGAAGCAGAUCGUCAACAGGGCGCUGGUGCUCAUCACCCUCGGCGGCAACGACUUUGUCAACAACUACUACCUCAUCCCCUUCUCCCUCCGCUCCCUUCAGUUCUCCCUCCCGGACUACGUCCGCUAUCUGAUCUCCGAGUACAAGAAAAUCCUCAUGAGGCUGUACGAUAUGGGGGCGCGGCGUGUGCUGGUGACGGGAACUGGCCCGCUGGGUUGCGCCCCGGCACAGCUCGCCAGGAGCCGCGGAGGAGGGUGCAAUGCCGACCUGAUGCGCGCCGCGGAGCUGUUCAACCCGCAGCUGUCCUGGGUCCUGGAGGAGCUCAACGCGCGCUACGGCGACGGAACGUUCAUCGCCGCCAACACCUACCGCAUCCACUUCGACUUCAUCACCGACCCGGCUGCGUACGGGUUCCAAACGGCCAGGGAGGCGUGCUGCGGGCAGGGUCCGCACAACGGGAUCGGAUUGUGCACCGCGCUAUCAAACAUCUGCACCGACAGGGACCAAUACGUGUUCUGGGACGCCUACCACCCCACGGAGCGCGCCAACCGGAUCAUCGUCAGCCAGUUCAUGACUGGCUCGCUCGACUACGUCAACCCGCUCAACCUCAGCACUGCCCUCCACAUAGACAUCGCCCUAAUGGAUUGAUAUACUCCACAUAAUACUAGUGAAAAUUUUGACUGGGCUAAUAAACUUGGACAUGAGAGAGAUUAUUAGCCUAGUUAAAAUGUCGACAUUUAAACUAGGCUAGUAAUCUCGAGGUUCCCACUUAUGAAAAUUUUGUCCGUAUAUAGAUGAGCGUUGAGUGGGAGCAGAAGUCCCCUCUGGUGACUGUUAGAGCCCUCCACAUAAGUACUUUCGACGAUACUUCUCUUGUUUUGGACUCCAGUGAGGCUCCUCAUUUGUGUAACAGAGCUGCUUUAUCUUUCGAAACAUCUUGCUUUAAAAGGGAAGGUUUGCAACAUUUGGUAGCUCAAAUGGUCUAAGGAAACGAGAGGUUCACCUAAUACUGGGAAUUGGUAGUUCAUUAUUCGUCAUCUCAGGCAGUUUCUUCAGGGUUGGGCGAAGAAUCUGAGUGAUGUAUAAAAGAAAG